AUGCGUCUCCUCCAGUCACUCCAUCUCAACGAUUUCCCCCAGGUCUGCGUGCAGGGCACCGGACUUACUCCCCAGCGCAGAGCCCCGGCAGACGCAACGUCCAAAGACGAUGGAGCCAAAGACGAAACAGCCGACCGCAUCAUGGAGUUUCUCCUGAAAGCCUCCGGACUGCAACGCGCUCCCUCUCUCUCUCUAAGCACCCUGACGUCCUUGUCGCUCAGUACCCAAGUUCGCCAGCCCUACGAGGAUUUCAGCAACAUGCUCCGCGGGAUGACCUCCUUGAAGCAACUUACGCUUGUCAAUUCCCUGCCGUGGACAAUCCCUGGUGCCGUUCCCGACUUCAUUGGGUGCAAAUCCGAGAGACUCCCUCGCGCGGCAUCUCCAACUUGUUAUGCUGGCGCUUGGCCCCUUGCUGGCACCAACCCACCCGCCCUUCACGCUGAACCUGUUAAGACUUGGCCCAUGUUCGACCCCGUCUCCCCCUUGGUGAUGCCCAGCACCCUCCGCGAGCUGACCGUCCACGACCACGGCUUCCGCUGCACCCAGUUCUUCGCCAUCGUCGCGUGCCAGCUCACCCGCCUCGAAAUCAAGUGCGUGACCGACGGAUUCGACCCGAUCCCCCUGUUCCGGGAGUCCGCGCGGCUGCUGCACCCGCGCCUGCGCGAGGGGGCCCUCCGAGAGCUGGCUGUUUGCUCCGAGCGCGACACGCUCGUCGUCCAAUGUGCGUGCUCGGCUCCUGCGUACUGCGACAGCCCUAUCGCGGACAGCAUCGUCCACCCCGCGCUCUCCAUCGCCCUGGACUUCAGCGCCGACGACGGGCUGCCCCCUCUCGCGGUCUACGAGGACAUCAUCACGGCAGGCGUCAACGCUCUGCCGCUCGGCGCAGUCUGCCGCAUGCUCGUCGACUUCCACGCUGAUUUCAGAGGCGCCUGGUUCGCCGGGUUCUUCUCCUGCCUGGGCUCUCUCCAGAGCAUCACCCUGCGCCGCCACGCCAUCGACGGCUUCCUGCAGACGCAUCUCUGGAUGGCGUACAACGACCCUGCGGCGGCGAUGGUGCCGUUCAGGUCCCUCAAGACGGUGUUUGCGGAGUGGGAUACGCGAUGGCCGCAAGUGAGGGCGGACGCGGAUAGGAUUCUGAGGUAUCUCAACGCGGGCGGCGUAUACUUGUUGUUCUGCAACGUCGGGGGCCAUGCUGACGGCUUUGUUCGAGGCCUGUGA